AAGGCUGUGGUAUUUCUGCAGCACUCAGCAAUGGCUGAAACCUCGGCUCUGGCAGCAGCAAGGACAGCAGCACCAACCAUGCUAGAUGAGCUCCUGGAGAUCACAGCUCAGAGUCUGGUGCGCACUGAGGUUGCUGAGCACUAUGAGGUUGUUCGGGAGCUGGGCAGAGGCAAAUAUGGCCACGUGAUGCUAGUGACCCACAGGCAGAGAGGGACUCCUAUGGCUCUCAAGCUACUACCCAAAGCCAGCACCAAGCUGCACACCUUUCUGUAUGAGUACUGCGUGGCACUCUCCCUCGCAACCCACCCUGCCAUCAUCAGCAUGUUUGGAAUUGCCAUAGAGUCCAGCCAGUACUACGGCUUCCUCUACGAACCAGCACUGCACAAAGACCUCAUCUCCAUCAUCAAACCCCGGGACGGGAUCCCCGAGCCAGCCGCUAAGCAGUGUGCCAAGCAGCUCGUGAGCGCGCUGGAGUUCAUCCACAGCCGCGGGCUCGUGUACCGCGACGUCAAGCCCGAGAACGUGCUCCUUUUCGACCCCGAAUGUCGGCGCAUCAAGCUGACCGACUUCGGGCUUACGCGGCCCAAGGGUACCAAGCUCAAGCUGGUGGCUGGGGUCAUCCCCUACACCGCCCCCGAGCUGAGCAACACUGCUGAUGCCCAGGGCGUGCCCAUUGACACCAGCCUGGACGCCUGGGCUUUUGGCGUGCUGCUCUUCUGCUUGCUAACUGGCUACUUCCCCUGGGAGCAGAGCCUGCCGGAUGACCCUUUCUUUGAGGACUUCAUGCUGUGGCAGGAAACAGGCCUAGAGAAAGACCUGCCCCGCCACUGGAGACGGCUGACGGCGGCGGCUGCCCUGAUGCUGCGGAGCCUGCUGGCCCUGGAUCCCGCCAAGCGCGGCCCCGUCAGCGGAGUGCUUCGCUACGUCGAUUGCCCUUGGCGGCUGGAGGACGGGCGCCAUGGGGAGGCUGUGCUGAAGCCCUAG